AUGGCUAGUUCAAAAAACGGUAGCGUCCUCUCUAAGAAGCGAGAGCCCAACGAUGAUACUGUCUCUUCCUUGAUCAGCGACAAUUUAUCGCAAGAUGAGCACAAAAGUCGGAAAAGGCACAAGCUCGACAGCCUUGGGGCUACUGCUGAUAUUGCAAUUUGGAGUGCCCCCGAUCAGUCUAAGAAGUCGCCCGGCCCAUUGACCGAUGCUGGAGAUUCUUCGACAAAAACUAGAACUCUCCAAGGAGACAGUCCAGAACGGGCCGCCUUACUCCUAGAAAAGAUGCAAGGUGCUGUGCGCACUUUGUUGGAGUGCAUCGGUGAGGAUCCUGAACGUGACGGCCUCCGGAAUACACCUUCGCGUUAUGCCAAGGCAUUGCUGUUCUUGACCAAAGGCUACCAUGCCAGUGUGGAAAAUGUUGUGAAUAACGCGCUAUUCCAUGAAGGCGAUAACGAGAUGGUCAUUAUGCACAUUGGCUAUAUCCCCUGCGAUACCGUUAUUGGCCUCUCAAAGCUUCCUCGAGUCGCUGAGAUAUUCUCUCGUCGCUUACAGAUUCAGGAGCGCCUGACGAAGCAAGUCGCUCAUGCCAUUAUGGACACCCUCAAGCCUCAAGGUGUGGCCGUCAUCAUGGAGUCUAGUCACCUGUGCAUGGUGAUGCGCGGCGUUGAGAAGACCAGUGCCACAACUCUGACAAGCUGCAUGUUGGGAUGUUUUAAGCAUAAGAGUAAGACUCGAAAUGAGUUCAUGCAUUAUGUGGGAAUGAACAGAUAA